AGGGGGAACCCCCAGGAUCCGAUGACCCCGACGCGCCCGCCGGCCAAUCCCGCCCCAAGGCCACCAUGAACGACUUCGAUUACCUGAAGCUGCUGGGAAAAGGCACCUUUGGGAAGGUGAUCCUGGUGCGGGAGAAGGCCUCGGGCCGUCACUACGCCAUGAAGAUCCUGCGCAAGGACGUCGUCAUCGCCAAGGACGAGGUGGCCCACACGGUGACCGAGAGCCGGGUCCUGCAGAACACGCGGCAUCCCUUCCUCACCGCCCUAAAAUACGCCUUCCAGACCCACGACCGGCUCUGCUUCGUCAUGGAGUACGCCAACGGAGGAGAGCUGUUUUUCCACCUGUCCCGGGAGCGGGUGUUCUCCGAGGACCGCGCCCGUUUCUACGGAGCCGAGAUCGUGUCGGCCCUGGAAUAUUUGCAUUCCCGGGACGUCGUUUACCGGGACAUCAAGGUGACCUCCCGGCCCUUCCCGGGAUUCUGGGGGCAUUCCCGGGAUUCUGGGGGUCGUUCCCUGGAUUUUGGGGGUCGUUCCCUGGAUUUUUGGGGUUCAUUCCCUGGAUUUUGGGGUCAUUCCCUUGAUUUAUUCCCUCAAUUUUGGGGAUCGUUCCCUGGAUUUUUGGGGUUCAUUCCCUUGAUUUAUUCCCUCAAUUUUGGGGUUCAUUCCCUGGAUUUUUGGGGUUCAUUCCCUGGAUUUUGGGGUCAUUCCCUUGAUUUAUUCCCUGGAUUUUGGGGCUCAUUCCCUGGAUUUUGGGGUCUCACUCCUUGGAUUUUGGGUGUUCAUUCCCUGGGUUCUGGGGCUCAUUCCCUGGAUUUUGGGGUCUCAUUCCCUGGAUUUUGGGGUCUCACUCCCUGGAUUUUGGGGUCUCACUCCCUGGAUUUUGGGGUCUCACUCCCUGGAUUUUGGGUGUUCAUUCCCUGGAUUCUGGGGUCUCACUCCCUGGAUUUUGGGGUCUCACUCCCUGGAUUUCGGGGUCUCACUCCCUGGAUUCUGGGGUCUCACUCCCUGGAUUUUGG